UUUUUGCUGCCAAAGCGCAAUUAGAGCAGCGUUUCAGUAUGCGCCUUGAAGGCCUUGCUGCAUAAUAAGCUCGUAUUAACAACUAAUCCCGCUCCGCAAAUCAGUUUUAAUAGCAGUGCUUUUAUAUUACAGCUCAGUUUUGACACGAAGGUGUCGACAUUUUAUCUUCCCCAAGGCAUUUUCUUUUCCCUAUCGAUAUCAUGAUACGUUCAAGUUAUGAUAUAGCUUGAACAAUUAUUAGAUGACCUCUUUAAGAGUGGACCCUACUCUACGUUCAUUAGUAUGUCUUUAGCCUGCGAGAUUUCAUUAAGAAAUGGCAUGUGGAAGAUGGCGAAGUUCCGCCACUUCUGCUAGAUUACUUUAAGAGAAGUGCUGAACUUAUGGAACUCAACAUGGCGCGAUUGUCUAGUGAAAAAAAAAAAUCUCACAAUAUAUCGAAAUUAAUUACUUCAGCACGCACGUAACUGCGGAAGGAAUUGAAGCUGCGUUUGCGCUUGAUUCGUUUUAGUACAAUUCGAUCCCGAGACAAGUGCAAGCUUCGAACUAUAUUCGUCCCCAAACUCGCAGCAAAACAGAUAAGCGGUGCCGCGCUGGAAGGACUCGUGACGUGGCCCGCCCAUGUGGCCACUGCUGCAGCGUGCUGACGUCGCCGGCUGCGGCGGUGGGCUGGUGGUGGCUGUGACCGGCAGCGGCACCAAGGGGCAGAAUGGCGCACGUGCUGCUUCCCUGCGACGUGCCCACGUGGUCCGAGGUGGAGCGCCACCUGAGCCAGCUCCGGUUCGCCCACUCGCCGGAGCAGCUGGUGGCCGACAUGCAGCGCAUCUACGACCUCUGCUGCGUGGGCCUGGACCCGGAGGACCCUCCCCGGGAGGAGAUUCGCCUGGACCUUCUCAAGCGUUUCCUCAAGUCCCUCUCGGCCGACGAGAGCCGCAGGUUCUUCGAGUCCACGCUGCCAGCGCUCAUCACCUGCGCGCUGCGGCUGCGCGAGCUGCGGCCCACCGGCGGCUUCCUCUACUGCCUCCAGCAGCAAGACCGUGCCACUGCGAGAAGCUGCGGAGCCUGUUCGCCUACUUCGACUGCACCUUCCAGGAUGAACCGGAGGGCACCGUGUACUUCUGCAGGCAGCAGGUGACUGCCCCCAAGAACCAGAUGUCGCUGCCUGAGUGGAUGUGCAGCGACUGCCCCCUCUGCCCGCUCAUGGUCCGCACCCGAGGACUGAUCGAAGAUGCCGAACCGAUCUUGCUCAAGUGCUAUCCAUCUAGCGCCAAUGCCGGAAGCAAUUUUCUCGGAAGCAAUUGCACAAUGGAGUGCUCGGUGUUCCUCAGCUGUCCCGAGGUGCUGGCCGCGCUGCUCUUCGUCGAGCUUCUGGGCGACAACGAAGCGCUCACCGUGGACGGCCUGUUGCCACUCGACCCGAGGCCCCGGGUCAACGGAGAACCGGUAUUCGGCCCUUCCGAGUGCUCCGUGUGCCUUCUGGACUUCAAGGACCAUUCCUCUCGGCCGGUGGCGCAGUUCGAGGACGCGUCUCUGCUUCGCGAGUUCAACAAGUGCCUCGUGGCCUUUCGACAGGCCCUCACCCAGCGUAGACCCUCACCUGUGGGCCAGAGCUCGAGCUCGAGCGCGGCCGGCCACGAUCCACCCUGUUUCCACUCGCUGUCUUCUUCCAAGACGUCGUCCUCCCGGAGCAGCGCGCACGCCACCGACUCCCCGCCAGACAAUCUCCAGGACCUGCGUGGCCACGAACACUUCGCAGAGUGCAAGCCAACCGUCGCAGACCGCUUGGGAACGAAUACGGCCACCAUUUUAGGUGACAAAGCUGACCUGCAGGGCCCGAUCAAGCGGGGUCAACAGCUGGAGAGUCAAGCACCCACCUUAGCCGGUGUUUUAGGGGCACUACGAAAGAAGGUGGGGGCACAGACCACCAAACCCGAACCGCCAGUGCCGCCGCAAGCGUCACCUCGAAAGUUAUUCAAAGUACUGACCUCCAGGAGCCCGAGCCCGACCUCACGGAAACCCGACAGUACUCGUCCAGCACCACCUGCAGAUACGAGUACCAGAGCUUCGAACGCACCGCCAUCGUUAACGAGUACAGCUGCUGUCCCAGUUCCUAACAUUGCGAGGCCCUUGGCGACUAAGCCUCCGCCGCCUGCCACGAAGAGAAGCAUUCGGUCUCUGGGUGGCUCUGGUUCCAAGGGAUCCGUUGAGAGGAACAAAAGCCUGGAGAAUAUACUUAACAGAAUCUCCGCGAGCCAACCGUCGACACCUUCGUCGUCGUCGGCGCCGCUUCUGACGCAGGCCGUCCUAUGCGCCCAGAGGCAUCCUUCUCCGAGACCCGAGCGGCGAGGCAGCGGUUCCCAAGCAGCCAUGGUCUUUCGUCCGGUCAACCUGUCUCCGCUGACGUCCCGCCGGUCUGCCUUCCGGCCCGCGACCGAGUGUAUCCUGGACCAGAGAAGGCAGAGCAGCGGCGGCGGAUCCGCGCCUCCGAUAGCGUUACCGCACUGCGAGUUUUCCGCCUUGGGCAACACCAGGCAGGCGUGCGGCAAGGUCGCGCCGGUGAAAGUGCUGACGUCUCCUCCGGUCUCGUCGCCUCGCGUGCAGCUCUCGAUCGAGUCUGCACCCGAGGACGACGUGUGGCGCAGGCAAGAGAGCGUCGAGCUCGAGUCACCGGGUGUCGAGCGGCCGCCAUCUUCGCAGAGAUGUCCGGACGCCGCGGCGUCCAGGGAGACGGAAGUGUGGACGCAGCAGCAGCAGCAGCCAGUGGUGGAAGAGAGCGCUCCGGCACGGGGUCACCGCAGGACGGCGUCUGGGUCUUCGACCACGCCGUACGGGUCUCCGACGGCGACCCUAUCGCUGCCCCGGCUUCCGUCUCAGAAGUCGUGUGACGACGUCUACCACACUGCGGACGAAAGCGUAGAGGACAGCCCGGAGGGACACGGCGUCGGCCUUCCGGGCGAGACUCGUACGCGCUGCCUCAAGUCGCGCCGAGAGCGUUCGCUACGUUCACACACGAGCGGCGGCGGCGGCGGUUCGAGCGCCUUCUCGUCGGUGUCUCAACGCCUGAGCAGGGACGACUCGGCCAGCUCGGCCGGUUUCGUGCUCGACUACCGGAGCGACGACGAAGACUACAUCGCCUUCUCGCUCAGCAAGCACGAAAGGUACGAGGACUUCCGGCGUCGCAUCCGCCGUCGAGGCCGGCGGCUUGCUCGCCGGCUGAGCCGCAGCCUGCGCGCCAGCUACUCUAGCGGCAGCAGCGACAUGGACGACAUCGAUGAGGAUCCCGAACUGGGCUUCUCGCGGCCCCAGGCUCCCUUGUGCGCCGUGCGCGCGGCUAACUCUGAGCCCACGCUGCACGUCCUGCUGCCGACCAAGGGAUCGGCGCGCGAGCUCCCGGCGCUGUCCAUCGCCUCCGAGCUGGUCAUGACGUCUUCGCCCGGGCGGCGACAAACGCUGGUCAUGACCACGGGCCAGGGCAUGCCCAAGGCGUACUCCUUCGACGGUGUCAACCCAAACCUGCCAGUUCCUUUCAAGGCCAAGUUCAGGUGCAAGAAGACCUCCGAGGAACCGAGCCACGCGGAAUCCUGCGCAGUCGGUCUGACGCGCCAGGACACCGAUUUCAUCAAGGCGCACUCCUUCCGGCCGGUGUCGCCCGAUCUCUCGGCCGGCACUUCCGAAGAGGACGACGUCGAGAGCGCUCCCGGAGAGCAGGACGAAGAGCAGCAGGAGGACUUCGACACGGCCAGCGGCGACAGCGCUGAGAGGAGGCGCGAGAGCUUCGUGUCUGUUGAGGAAGAGCCUCUGCAGGAUUCGGAAGAGCCGCAUUCGUCGCCAUCGUCGUUCCCGAUGCGCUUGUCGGUGUCCGGCUUGCGCCCCGUGGCCACGUGCCGGUGGGCACGCGACUGCGUCGACCCGUCGGGAGACCCGCAGCUCGAGGCGCUCGUUCAGUGGAUCGCCGCCAGUGUCGCCGGGGUGCCCGGCCUCGUCAUCUACACCGGCGGGCUACCCAGUCUCGAGCAGCUGUCCCAGGUGAGCUUCAAGGUAGAGGAGCGUCACUGGACGGUGGGCGACUUGGCGUGCGAGACACUACGUUUCUGCCGGAAUCGGGUGGCGUUGCACGAAGGACGCAACAAGUCCAGCAUGGGCACCACGCUGUUCUCCCAGCUGCUGGGACAGAACGCGACUGCGGCGACAACGACGGCAACGCCGAGCCAAGCUCCUGUCCGAAAAGGCCGCACCAGAGCCAGCGAGACUUGCGACGGCGGCAGGAGCGUGUUCCAGACCCACGACUCGCUGGAGUGAACGAAAAAUGAACGAACGUGCAGCAACGAAGGACUUGAUAUAACCCGGUGCCGUCACUGUGGCAACCGACUCCUCUGUCUUUGCUCUUGUGACGUAUGGAAAGCUGGCAGUGACGCGUCAGCGGCGACCUCAGUACGGACUCGACACGCUUUUCUUUUGCGUGUGACUGUACCCAGCUGAACUCGAAGCAGCCAUAUCUCGUUCGAAAAGAAUCUCGUUUAAAGAUAUUUUGGUAUGUUCAUAGAAAAGGCGUUGUGUAUUGGUUUGUGUUUAGUUUGUUUUGAAGGCCGAACGAAUAAGUCCUCUUACUGGACAGGGAAGUAUUUGCCCAUGUCCGCUGUUUGCUUUCAGUUUGAGUUCCACAGCCUUCUGCGUCCCGUUGAGCUGUUGAUAAGCCAGCGCCGCGCGAAACACACGAUUAGUACAAAUUACGAGAACUUCAACCGCGUCGUAACGGUAAACGUAAUUUUUCUCUCAUCUACUAUGUAGCUUCAUAUAGGAGGCGUACAACCGAGAGCACAGACGAUACAGGUUCCCAUGGAAUUUGCGCUUCGCAAUGGCGCAGCGGAGCGACAUGGCGGGCAACCAUGGUUCGUCAGAAAGUGACACCUGUUGGCAAAGAAGGUGAGAAAUAACAGUCGCGUAUUUAAUGUCCUCACGAAACGCCUGUACGCUCCUCGUAGAGUUUUGGCCCAGCACAAGCGGCAGUUCUGCAGAUGUAGAGCUUUUAUUUUCUGUAAUUCAAUGGCUCACAGGCAGUAACGUAUACUUGUGUGCCUGUCCCCGAGUCCGGCGACGGUAGCAGUAGCAGCACAACUCUGCGCACUGGAAUUGGAAAGAACAACCCAUGUUAAAAGUGACCGCGAUGCUGCACGUUUUACGCGAGCUCUAGCAAAGCCUUGCGGUGGGUCUCCUGUGACGCAUGCUGCGCUGCGUGAGAUUGCAGGAAGCAAUCGGCUGUUCAUAACUAAUGGAACCAAGGGGCACUGGGAGCCUCGAUCGUUAUACGGCUUUCGUCACUGCUUCGGUAAUGCGCGCAGUGUCCCGUUCACUUCUGACACAGAUUGCACGUCAUUAUUGCGAUGCUUGUGUAGGCUACCUGGUUCAGGUGUAGAUGGUUCUUGUGUUGCGCGGCUUUUAGCACAACACUUCUGCAGCCAUUCAUUUUGCGGAGUAGUCAUCCUGAUCAUGGCUGUUUUCCUGAGGUCACGCAUUCAAUCGCAGCGUAAAUUACGUACUCGCGCUUGAGAUUGUGAAUCACCGCAUUCUUGAGUAUCUUAGGUGUUUGCGUGUUGUUCAGACGUUCCUAAGCCCGCCUUUUGUUCUCGGCCUGUUUUCGCGCAGCGCUUUUCACAUUGUCAACCUAUACUUUCACGAUCAGAACCCGUUGAUGCCAUGAACAAAAAUUAGCAAUGGGGCCUACAGGAGGAAAGCCUCUAGCUCCCGCCAAGUCUCUAAUCUCAAGAACAAUGUGGGAGGCCACUCGUGUUGCUAUAUAAAGGCAUUCCGCUGGCGCACACGUGAGCAUUCGAGUUGCGAUGUCUCGUCGAAAGCCCCAUGAGACGCACGACAUGAAAAGAAUUUGACGAUAGUGCAUCUGAAGACAAAAAUGACAGCUGGAAACAGUAUGUGGAUUGUGGAUCUGACGCGAUCAUGUGAUAUUCUAGCUUUAGUAGGAGACAAGUGGACCGUGGCAGCCCAUUCAGCCCUACGCGCAUAGGAACGCGAGAGUCAAGAAAUGAAACGUGGCAAUCCUAGCAUCGGGGCCUUCGCUUCGUUAUGUCAUGAGCCCAGCACUGUAACUGCAAUACCCGCUGUGGCAGCCUGCAGCUAUGCCGUUAUGUUAAUGAACACGAUGUCUGGGGUCCGAAUCCAGGCUACGGCAACCCAAAUUCUGAUGGAAUCUGAACAAGCCCACAUGGUCAAUCCGGAGCCGUUUCCUGCGGCGCCUCCCACACAAGGUUUAAAAAAAAACGUAGUUAAUGUUGGUAUCGCGGUUUCGUUCAUUAUCUCCCUAGUCAUGUAAUGUUGCAGUGCGCAGUAAACAAUAAGCAAUGGUCUGAUGUUAUCACAUUCUAUUCGCUCGUGACCGCACGUUUGCAACACUUUGAACGAAUGUGGAAACAUGUAUAUGAAAGCAGGGUCGCAGAUUGCCUCUUUCAUCGGAAAUAUUCUGGAUUCUUGCCUGGAGCGCGAGCCUCUUCGUGUUUGCUUAUCACCUCAAUAUACGCACACCCGUUACCAACCCUUAGGACGUGAUGAUCAUGAUGCCAAUGAUGACUGGUGGUGCUAAAUAGCAUAACAACACCUCAGGUUAGAGAAUCUCGUGACACGUGCAUAGAUGAAGCCACCAAGUGUACACAGUAAAAGGCGGUGGUCCUGCAUAACGUUCCUGCUAUACCUUAGAAUACUCAAUCUUUUCAUAGAUAUAUAAAUGACACGUUCUUGUGAUUGUUAUCUUAUCUACCGUCAUCAUUUUGGAGGCAUGUACGCUCCUGUUUGGUAUACCCAUCUAGGCAGAUCGCAUCUUUUAGUCGCUUGUAGUGGCGUAAGUUUGGGAUCCUGUAAUCACGUCAUAAUUGUAUAGAACGAUAUAUAUUCGCUCCUGAAUCGGUUUUCUCCUACACGAUAAAAAAAAAAUAAGAAGUAAGUAUAGGCACGCCAACGUACAGUCGAUAGUUUUAAAACUGUUACAAUUUCAGGACUGCAGUGAUAUACAAAAUAUAUUUGUGUAUACCUCUCUCGGGCCUUUUAGUGGUAAGUGUCGGCUAUUGAUCUCGUGGCCUGCUGUUCUACUUCCUACUGUGCGCUGAACUAUAGAAUGCGCACCGCCUAAAAUUCUGGACCGUGCUUGAAAGCAAGUACCAGCAGUGUAGUACACAGCUAUAGAACAGCAUUUGGUGCAGGGUCAUAUUGUCCUAUGUACGAUCAUCAUCACAUCCGGUUAAUCCCGGGUAACACAUCUCGGCAUCGUUUUCAAGGUGCGUUGUAAAUAUACAGCGAGACAUGGUAUCGUUGGAUGUGCUUUUCAUAAUUGCUUAACAUUAAGUGCUAAGACUUCCGGCGACCUGAAAGGACAGAAUAUUGUCGGAUAUUUUUGGACACGUAUGUAAUAUCGAAGUACCUUUAGUGAACUUGUCUUUGUGUAUAUCUAAAUAUAUAUAUAUAAACUUUAUGAUCACUAUUACUUUUAUUGUACGAGGCAUUACCACCUUAUAUACAUCAGAAGGUUCUAUUCGAGCCUUGGGCCUUUAAUGCGAUAUUUGCCGCCUUAUAUGCUUAGCCAGUCAUCGUCUCUUGCAAGCGGUCGCUUAUAAAAUUGAGGUUGCAUUCCGCGCUCAGGUUGGGGCAUUCGUCGUGGUGCUACAAGAAAACACUGCGUAAGCCAUGCUUAGCUUUUAUUUCGGCUGGUUCAUCUUGCAGUGCGAUUUCAUCGUUAUUUUGAAGAUGUGCCAAACGUCGGCGAAGCUGUUGCGUACCUGUCCUGAGACUUCGGUGAUGUCAGCUCGCCAAGUCAUCAGGCACGCACGCGGCGCGGCUGGACUUCUAUAUCGUCACAGGGACUGUUACAGAUUGCUGUCGCUCUACUCUUUCUGUCCUUGAAUAAGGUUUGAGGUUGGCUGGGCUGGGGUGCGCGUCAGAAAGAGACAGACGUCCCCAGUCAAUCAGCGCUUCAGCAGCAGACGAAUGGACAUGUCCACUGGGUGGACAUUUACAGAAUACCCGCCCAGGUAUUCUGAAAGAAUUCUUACAUUAAUUUUUUGUCAUGCCACUAGCUCUUUUGGAAGUAACUCGAGGCGUCUUUAAGGAAUUGUGCAAGUCUUUGAUCAAGUUCAGUGUGCGCAGUAUUAAAUAUCUCGAGUUUGCGCGCGACGGCAUCACGUUUGACCUACCGCGGACGCUGCAAUGAAACGCCCUUCUCAACACAACUCGCGAUCUCUGGUAGCGAUGUACAUGUCGUUGCCUUUUGAUCGACGAGCCAUCGACGUCUUUAUGGACAAAACUGUUUGGCCCCGGAAGAAUUGCGCUCGAAGAUUAUCCUGAACAACCAGGCACGUUCGUUCGCUAAGAGCAGUUCAUUUAGAACACGCAUGCCAUCAACAUCGGUCUGCAAGCUAGAAAAUGGAGGUGGUACAAUACACGUUACGGAUCCAUCUUUAAAGAUGAUGGGUAGGACCCUAUAAUUAUGGACAUGCUAAGGAUGCCGCGUACACCAAUAGAGGUAAAGUCAAUGCUUGUCAGAUUUCCACCAGCACCGUGGCAUGUGGCACAGUGGUAUGACUGUAAUGCAGUAUUACGUGGAGCCUUCAGAUAAUGCAGUCGCGCUACCGCUAGCAAAUAUCUCGCCGCACAUCAAUUGCGUGCAUCGAGAGACAUUGCAACCAGACAUGAAGUGGGUUACUUCACGCGUACGUCCCGACGUGCAUGCGCUUGAGAACGAAUCGAACUGUCAUCGUCCAUCGUUCUCGCUAUAUGUCACAUAGGAUAGUUUAUUGAAUGAUCCUUAUCGCUCGCGAAACAGUUUUAUCCCGAUUAGUUCUGUGCAGUAGACGAGAACUGUUGUUACUUUCCGUUUCUGUGUGUUUCGCUGGAGAAAAGCACGUGUCGACCUGAGCUCAAUUUAUAAUUCAGUCGCGCGUCUACGUACACCGCGACAUCCGCCUGUAAAGCGUGGAAGCGACUGCCGAACCUUCACGCGUGAAUACGCCCGAAUCGUGAACAUCAGUAUGUGUGACGUUCUGAAACUUAUCGAGUGCCUUACGCUUUGCAGCCUGCGAAAAAGAAAGUGUACAUACGUAAUACAGUGUCCAGCGGCAGGGACGUCGCUGCGAGGCUUUAGCUCGCUGCAUUGCGUUGCUUUGCGCACUGUAUAUAGAUACUUAUUUUGGUGCAGCGUAGGUGAUACAUCACCAUCACGCAGCGAAAAGGUCAAUGAUCAUCAUUUUCCUGUAGCGUUUCGCAUUAAGCGAUGUGAGAAUCGUGUUUACGUGCCAGCGUGUUUACGGUAUACAUUUGUCUUCAACUUCUGGUUCAAUGAGACAAUAAAGAUGUUCCAAAUGAGAA